UUGAACACACAUGUACAAGCUUUUUUUGUUUGAUUUGUUAUCAAAUGCACUGCUUCUGCUCCCUCUGCCAGUAUUCACAUUCAGCUGUAAGAUAACAUACUUUAUUCAUCCCAAAUUGGGAAAUGUUUUCGUUGCAGCAGCGUGUAAAACAAAGUUCUUCACAUAAAGCACUGAAGUGCUCAAUGUCCGAUGAAAAGCCGAUAGACUGUCAAUGUGAAACACCAGUGCAGGGAGUGACUGAAAUUAAAAAUAGUAAAUGAAAUUGUUAUUCUGUACAAAAUAAAAUAAAAAACGAGGUAAAUGAGCAGGUCUUUAAAGAACUGCAGUGCUGCUAGCAGAGAUGGUCCAUGGUUUGAGAAGACAUUUACUGUGUUUCACCGACUUUACUCAGAUCCUUUCUGGUUUGUCAGGGGCUGUUUCAAGGAGUACUUUAUUCAUAAGUUCAGAGCCAUGCUGGGCAAAAACAGGCUGAUUUUCCCUGGAGAAAAGGUGCUGCUGGCGGUGUCUGGAGGGCCUUCUUCCUGCUCCAUGCUCAGUCAAGUCCAAGAGGGUUUGAGUCAGAAUGCUCACAAGAAGUUGAGAUUCUUACCCGGCAUUGUUUACAUUGACGAGGGGGGCGCUGCGGGUCAGUCGGUGGAGCACAGACGGAGGACGGUGGAGGAGCUCCGGGCUGUGUUCAGAGCUACCGGCUUCUCCUUCCUCAUGGUGCCUCUGGAGCAGGUUCUGGACCUUCCCAGUUCAGUUCUGUCGGCUCCGGGAGCUCCAGAACAGGAAGCCGGCGCCUACAAAGCAGCCGUGGAUCACUUCCUGCUCAGCGACGGCAGCAGCGGUGUGACUGCAGGGCAGCAGCAGGAAACCCCCCUGCCUGAGGUCCAGGAGGCCCACACACACUCCCUGCAGCGGCUCCUGGGCUCUGCCACGACCCUGACAGCCCGGGAGGAGCUGCUGAACAUACUGAGGCAGCACCUGCUGGUGCACACAGCGCGCUCUGCAGGCUACAGCAAGGUGAUGCUGGGGGACAGCUGCACCAGGCUGGCUGUGAAACUGCUUAGCAGCAUCUCACUGGGCAGAGGGGCCCAGCUGGCUCACGACACAGGUUUCUCAGACUCCAGGUAUGGUGACACCAUACUAGUGAAGCCAAUGAGGGACUACUCAGCUAAAGAAAUAGCUUACUACAACCGUAUGUUCAGCGUGCCGUCGGUGUUCACAGCGGGCCUGGACACUAAGGUAAGAUGUGCCAGAAACACAGCAGAAAGCACACAGUUUCACAAGGAAACACACAAGUAGGAAGGAGAGAAAACAGAAAAA